CUGCCCACACGUGACGAACGUUCCCCCAAGUUCUUUUUACCUAUCCUAUCAACCGUCCACCUCCACCUCCAACAACAACAACAACAACAACUCUGUUUUUCUUCUCAACGAUUUUCCCGUGGAAGAAAACCGGGGUUUCUGAUCUUUGGUGGGAUUUUGUUCCCUUUUCUCUGCUUGCUUGGGGUCCGAUUCACCUACGAUCAUCUUCUGCAGCUCGAGCCGUUCAUUUUGGUUUGUGGGUAAGUUUCCUCUUGACAAAAAUCUUAUCUUUUCUCUAUUUUUUUGCAGGCUUGUUUUCCUUUUUGGUUUCUGCAGUGCACAUGGUGUUGCUUUAUAGUCGGCUGUACAUUCAUUGUGUCAUUGUUAAUGGAACGAGCUGCCAAUUCGUGUAUGAUGAUUGAUCAUUGGCGAAGCCGAUGGCCUUUUUCCAGAUCUAAUCAUUUGGGGUUUUGACUUGUGGUGUUUUCAUUUCUCUGAUCAUUAUGAUUUUUUGGAGAUCUGCUGCAGAAAGGGGUUUUCCAUUUUGGGCAUUUUUUGUUCUGAUCAUCUUACAAUUAAAUGGGUAAAGAAUCACGCUUCCUUGCCAAAUCUAUUAUAAUCCUGACUAAUUCCUAGUACCUGAUGUCUGAUGAUAUUGAUAGACCAGUAGGUGGAGCUACCUUAUGGUCCUUUUGCAAGUUCAGCUGUUUGAGGGUUCCCCAUAGCCAUAAGUAGUUCACCUACUGCUGCUUGUGCAGCCACGUUUAGGUGUCUUACUUAUCAAAUUCCUGAUGGCUGAUACAGAGUUACUCAAAAUGCACUAUGUAUGUCUUUUUCAGUGACGGAGUAAUGUUGGGGAGAAGAUAAGUUCUUGCAUGGGACAUGUGCACUGAAUUGAAAUAAUUGUUUACUACUUGUUGCAGGUGGGGUUUCAAAUCACUCAAGAAGAUAGCUGUACAUUACCAGCUGAAUUAGAUUCCAGCCCGGGAGAUUUAUUCUCGUUCCCGAGUGAGGAUCCAAAAGCAUAAAAAAAUGGUUCCGAAACUAGAAGCUAUCAAGGGUGGUGGUGGAUCCGUCAAAGUUGGAGCUACUGGAACAAUCAGUGCCCUCAUGACAAGGGAGCUCGAGUCCGCCAAAUCUUCGCCGCAAACAUCAAGUCCUCGUGAUCUUAAGAUCAGAACCGCUUCUGUUUCAGUUCCAUGUAAUGUUGUUACCACAACCCCUAGAAGGCUACAAGCAAAAAAGCCAGUGGAUGAAGCAAGUACCAGUGGCAGCAGAAGCCCCGAGGCAUUGAGGAGAGCGAAACAACAGGCUAAAGGAAGCCAUCGAGUGCCUAUGCUUGGCUCAGAUAAUCUCACCAUGGACAGAACUCCUAGCAGGGAGAAGAAGAACAACAAGAAGGUGAUUAACAUAGUCGAAGUUGUGGACAUCAAAUGUGGUAGCCCUGAUAGAGCAUGGGCCACCCCUCUAACAAGCAAACUCAAGAAGCUUGGUUUCUCAAAGCUAUCCGAGAGCGUGGUCUAGCUUGAGGGCUUGUAACUUCUUGGUGUCGGUUUCCGGGCUCUUAUAGCUUAACCCUGAAGCCCGUACAGGUCGGUUUUUGUCAGAUACAUCAACCAUGGAACAUAUACUCGGUAGUAGCCGGCUGCCUGCUUUCUUUUUCCUCUUUCUUGUUUGUACCACGGAUCCAGAGCUGGAUCUGGAUGGACUAGUACCAGCAGCAGCCGUUCCAGCACCACUAGACUGAGCCUUCUCCGAGCUUCCUCGGCUACUUGAAUGAAGCUGGCUUAGAUACCUGAUUUCCUGCAGGAUGAGGGAACUGAUAGUUCCUUUGGUGCCGAUUUCUACCGGAUCUUUUGCAGCUUUGUCUUCAUAAAACACCUCUGGCCGCUCUAGUGAUGGACUCAUUGGUGUUUCUUUCUUGGAUGGAGAGAAGUGGUGCUGGUUCUUGGUGGGGAAGGGCCCUUGUCAGUGAGAGCUAGUUGUUGAGGCCUUUACAUGACAUGAAUGAAUUCCUUGCCUCAUGUUCUUUAUCUGAAAGAAAGGCAGACAACAAUACUUUUAGAUGUUGUUUUUGUCAACAUGCUGGUCAUUGUAGUAAGUAUUCAUGUGAACUUUUGCCACCAACUAUGGAAAUCAUCAUGUGAAUUUUUGCCAACUUGUAUUCAUGCGAUUUCUACUGGUUUUAGGUGACAAUCACCAGCUUAACUUCACUUUCAACUUUCAAGUCACUGUCAAAUUUUGAUGCAAAGCUCAAGGCCAAGAAACAUUAUUAAUGGCGGUAUGUGUUCGUCCAAUUCUGGCAGCCUCGGUGUUUACUUUAUCAUGCCUUGAAGAAAGUGGCAAGAGAAAUAGAAGAAUGUCACAGAUCCUAUAGCCAUUUAUUCAAAAUUCAUUAGUUUCUUCAUAUUAUUAAACAAAGCAUCCAUAAUUUGAAUAACUAAUUUUUUACGAAUAGAAAAUAUUUUAAAUCUUAUCGACUCGAAGUUUUGGUCUAAAUUCAAACACAACAAUUUUUACAAUUUUCUACUUUUUGCUUUCUAUUAAUUUCUUUUUAUUAUUACUCUUUUGUACGGUUUCAUUAUCUAAUUUAUAUAGUUUGUGGUAUUGGUUUGGAUAUUUGUAUCAUAUGAUUUGUAUACGCUGUAAUAUUAGUUUAUAUAUUUUAUGAUAUGAUCCGGCUGGCUCUGGCUACCUUACGGAGCAAACAAAAGAUCCCCAAAUCACACUGCCUGUAUGAACAAACAAACUUUGCACAAUCAACUUACGUCGAAAAGAUUCCAUGCCAAUAGACUCGUGACAUCCAUGUACCUGUGUGAUGCAAUUCUUUAGCGGGGAAGUUUUCGUUAGCUGGUAUAAGCCACCCUUCUGUAUAACUUGCGCCGGGAAGGAAUAGAAAGCGGGGAGAAGGUUGGGUUAGGUGUUGUCUCUAGCCUUGCGCUUCGGUUGACCAUUCUUUCGCCCUACAUCUGGGGUUUUUUUUUAUUGUUUAGCGAGAAAGUCUAUUCUCAUUUCCUUAUCUUUCUAUUAGUUUCAUGUAAUCAAGCUCUGUUUGUAGAAAAGUUUGUGAAAAGAAAGUGAAAGGCGAGAACCCGCUCUCUGUCAAGCUCCAGAAGUGGUCGAUGGGAAGAGAGAAAUGAUUGAUAGAAGACCACCUACUCGAAGCAAGUUCUCCUCCGGCUAAUGAAGAUAAAUGUUUUAAAGGGAAUUCUGACUUAGUAGAUGGCCCCGCGCUCUAGCGAACCAUAAGAGCCGAUGGACAUCCAGUAUUUGUUUGUACACUUUUUUAUUAUGGUUUGUAUGUUUUGUAUUUCAAGUUUAUACACUUCUAUUUUAUAUUUUAUCUGAUUAAAAAUAAAUAAUUAAACUUAUAAUUAGGUAAUGAAAUUGGCUCAUAUCU